AUGCUUGAUAAUGGGAACGAUGCAGAAGAUAAGCCUUCCGAGGAAGAUUUUGAAUCCGAUGAUGACAACGGCAGAGGUGAGGGAAAAGAAGACGCUUCUCUGAGUUUGGACAAGCGCUUGAUCACAGAUAAACUCCAACCUCGACCCCGACGACAUGGACAGACAGACUUUGAGGGACAUCGCCAUAUGUGA